AUGAUGACCUGGGAAUAUCCGUCCACACCCUGUGACUCCGAAACUCUUCCCUCUGGAACACAGGCUCCGAAACCUGUCGAACCAGCAACCUCCAGCCACAUGAACUCCAGUCUAGAGUCGAUACUGCUGGCUGUGCAGUCUGCUCCUCAGUUGCCCGAUGUUGAUGUUUUCAAGGAUGUCAACUUUGCCCCUACCAGCCUAACGUCUAUCCUUCGAUUGCACCCAGACGGCGUUCCCACGAUUCUUGCUGCUCAGAUGAAAGACUCGGAAGAAGAGCGACGAGAAAUCUGCGUGACCCCUGCAGACACCCUCACUAGCUCCCUCACCGAUGGAGCACGGGUACCUCGAUUUGUUUUGAAGCCCAAAGCCCGGCGGCCGUCGGAAGCUCCUUUCAUCGUCGGAGGUUCUUUUCUUCCGACAUUCUUCCCUGAGAAGAUCAUGUGCCCUGAUAUUGCCUCUGAUAACGAAGAAGACGAUGGGUACGAUCAGCGAGGAAGGGAUAGAGGGGUAGCAAGAGCAACUGCGAAACUGCGAAAAAGACCAGUGUUAGCUUUCAAACCUUCCCGAAAAUUUUCAAUGGCGUCACAAGAGCUGCUCGCUAGCUUCUGA